AUGCAGAACUCCCUGCCUCCCGGAGUCACUGUUGCAAAGGCAGACAACCUAGAGCAGUGGGAGAUGGACAUCCGGGUCCUGGACGACAAUCCCAUCUACAAGGAUGAGACCUACCGGCUCAGGUUCACAUUCAGCAAAAACUACCCUAUAGGUAUUACACCCGGGCUAACGAUGUUUUCUUUUUUUGGCAUGGCAGAAGCUCCAGAAGUUCAAUUUAUCUCCCUACCAGCGACAUCAGAGACACCACGCCCGAUACCGAUGCAUCCUCAUAUAUACAGCAACGGGAUCAUAUGCCUGGAUCUGCUCGGUUCUGCGGGAUGGUCGCCUAUCCAGUCUGUCGAGAGCGUCUGCAUGAGCAUCCAAAGCAUGCUGACGGGCAACACCAAGAACGAAAGACCCCCCGGCGAUGAAGAGUUUGUCAGGAGAGACACUCGACGCCCACGAGAUAUCAGGUUCAUUUAUGACGACCACACCGUCUGA